UGAAGAGAGAGAGAGAGAGAGAGAGGUCUACGGAGUAUAUAUAUAUAUAUAGAAAAGUGAAAAUGGCGCGGCGAUCGCACCAUCUCACGGAGGUGGCGUCCAUCGCCGGCGCCGGCGAGGUCGGCGAGGUCGGCGCCGGGGAGCGCGAGGGGUGGCUCAACGACCCCUCCCUCCUCGCCUCCCUCCACCGCCGCACCUCCCUCGCCCUCGCCCACUCCUCCCCCUCCGCCACCGUGAUCCGCCCCCGCCUCUCCCCCUCCGACGGCCGCAUCUCCGCCGUGGAGUGGCUCCCCUUCUCCGGAGAAGAAGGCGGCGCCGCCGCCGCCAUCGUCGUCGGCACCUCCGCCGGGUUCCUCCUCGUCUACUCCUCCGAUGGCGAUCUGAUCCACAAGCAGAGUAUAUAUCCUGAAAAGAUAUUGAGGCUAAGAUUCCAAGAGAGGAAGAGAAAUUUUCAGGAUUCAGGUUCUGAGGAGCUUUGUGUGGUCUUCCCAGGCGUAAUUGCACGUUUUGAUGGAUCAGACAUUCAGAAUAUGCUCCAAAGAUGGUUUCAAGAGGCAGGAUCACGCCACUGGGGGACUAGGUUCCAUCAGGAAGAAGAAGAGGAUGAGAGUUCCUUUGGGAGAAUACCCUUUCAACUAUGGAACAUUAGCAAAUUUGGAUCUUGCGCUGAUGCCGGCAUUGCGGGAUUAAUGCCUCCUCCACUAUUGGAGUUUCAGUCAACUCAGCGGUACUAUUGUGCAGUUACAGUUGGAGAGGAUGCUGUGAUCUCGGCAUAUAGGCUGUCAGAGGAUAGGAGCAGAUCCUUAGUAGGAGCUAUUCUUUCAAAGGUUGUUCCGGCAACAUUCUCAACCAUUGCAUCAUUUUCAAGAAUCAUAUGGCGUAGUGAUCAAACCGCCGCAAAGAAGGCACGGCCAAAGCCUCAACCAUUUGCUAAAGCGUCGCCUUUAACAUGUUUGAAAGACCAUCCAAGAAAAGGAGACAAACUCACUUUGUCCCCUAGUGGUACAUUGGCUGCUAUAACCGAUUCUUUGGGCCGUAUUCUACUACUAGACACUCAAGCACUUGUUGUCGUGCGGUUGUGGAAGGGUUAUCGUGAUGCUUCAUGUCUCUUCAUGGAGAUGCUUGUACGAGGAGAUAAACCGUCAUCAAGUUCGACAAAUUAUGAAUAUACGAAAAGUGACUAUUGCUUGUGUUUGGCGAUUCAUGCACCGCGCAAAGGAAUAAUUGAGAUUUGGAAGAUGAGAACCGGCCCACGACUUCUGACCAUCCCGUGCCCAAAAGGGUGCAAAAUCCUCCAACCCUCCAUGAGGUUUUUGUCAUCAUCAUCAUCCCCAUCUUCAUACACUCCUUUGGAGGUUUUCCUUUUGAAUGGUGAUUCUGGGCAGUUAUCUGUUUUGAGUAGUCAUAUUGGGUAAGUACAAGUAGUCAUAUUGGGUAAGUACAAUUCAUACAUUUCGCUGCCGGAGAAAAGCACACUUGAAUGUUUAUCUUCCGAAGUAUUGUAGAGUUGUUCAGUUUUGUAAUGAUUUGACAAUAAUUGAACUCAAGAGCGCGUGUCAGAAGAAAUGAUUUGGAGUCAUCUUUCUUGCUUCUUCCAAACCUAUAAAUGAUUCGUUGUCAUUGUUCGCGACGAUAGAUGGCAUAUAAAUUUUGUUUCUCCUUUA